AUGGCGAUACCGUGCCGAAGGCUUAAAACUGUGAACUAUGAUAACACUUACAAGCGCUUACUAAAUACAGUUGAAGGUAACUGGUCAUAUUUUCAGCAGACCUUAGCAGCAAUCAACUCCACAUGUGGUAAAUUUAAUAGCCAACUUAUUGAUGUGCUUCUGCCCAUUCCGGCUGGAAUUGAACCCGACGAGACUCGCAAAGGCCCCAGAGAAAACUCCGUGCUA